UCAUCCCAACAUUCUCACCACCAAUCUCUCUUUUAUCAGUCACCACAAGAAAAAAAAAAAAGAAGUGACAUUUUCUUGGCCAAUUAUGGCGGUUGCUGAAGACCCAAAUGGUAAUAAUACUAGUGAGGCAUACAUGAUAGAUGAGGCCUAUGAAUUCAGGGCCCCAAAAUUCUAUGACUUUAUUGAUGGUGAAACGCAGGAAGAUAUGAAAAAGGCAGAGCUUUGGUUUGAGACUGCUUGUAGUUAUGCCCCUUCUCCAUUUAUGCCCAGAAUCAAGGCUGGCAGGUCCGUGCAACUUGCUAGUAUAUGUGAUUUUAACGAGGGUGAGAAUUUGCACAAGGCAUCAGAAUCAUCGGAAUCAACAGCUACUUGUAGUACUGCAAAAGAGUCAACUUUGGAAUUGGAGAGCCAAAUCAGGCCCCAGGCUGCUGGAGAACUUAGGGCAUCUGAAAUUAAGAAUGUGAAUCCAGUUGAGCUUAAAGAAGAACCUUCAAGAAGUCUUACUAGUGCUGAAUUAGAUGGGAAGGAAUCUUCUGUCCCAGUUGGCGGAGAAGUUUCAACCCCAGCACCACCAACAAAUUCUGGGAGGAAUAAAUCCCAGCAAACUGAUUCCAAGAAGCAACAGACAGCCAGAAAGAUAGCCAGUAUGCUGAAGAACCCUCCAGCAUUGAAGUCGAAAUAUCAGUCACAAUCAAGAAGCAGUAAACCAGCUAGUGUCAGAAAGGACACAAAUGUGAAAAGCACUGUUGAAACUCCUAAUUUUGCUCAGGAAAAUCAAGCCGUAAAGCGGCAAAAACUUGAAGGGGGCAAAUCUAGGCAGAUCCUUAAUGUCAAACCCCAAAAUUUGCCCCACAAAACAAGGAAUGGCCUGGUCAGCAGCAGUUCCAACUUAUGCUUGUCAACUGCCAAAACCAACAAGGAGAAUAGAAAGCUUUAUGUUCGAGAACCUGCUAUACCAUUUGUUUCGAUGGCAGAAAUGAUGAAGAAGUUUCAGUCCAACACACGAGAGAUGUCUCUGCCUCCUAGGAGCAGCAGUUCACUAUCACAUGAUUCUGCUGCUGGAACAGUGCAACGGAAGCCCAAGCUCACGUUGACAAGGCCAAAGGAACCUGAGUUUGAAACAGCUCAGAGGGCGCGUCCAGUGAGAGUAAAGAGUUCUGCUGAGCUUGAGGAAGAAAUGAUGGCUAAAGUCCCCAAGUUUAAAGCUCGGCCAUUAAAUAAAAAGAUUUUGGAAACGCCGACUUUGCCUAAAUUGCCAAGAACCACACCCCAGCUUCCAGAAUUUAAGGAAUUUCAUCUGGAAACAAUGGCAAGAGCAAAUCAGAAUGCAGAAACAUCUACUGUAGCAUCUAUAGAAUCUUCUCAGGCUUUUGAAAGUUAUCUGUGGAAGCCACAUCUCACAGCACCAAAAUCACCUCGUCUUCAAACAUCACUUAGGGCACGGACGCCAAAGAUCAAAAGUUCUGAUGAAUUGGAAGAAGAAGAACUAGAAAAAGUUCCCAAGUUCAAGGCAAGACCUUUAAACAGGAAGAUAUUCGAGAGUAAAGGAGAUUUGGGAAUGUUCUGCAACACCAAAAGGCAGGUCACUAUGCCUCAAGAAUUUCAUUUUGCCACAGACGAAAGGAUCCCACCAGCAACUAAUGUGGCUGACAUGUUUGACAAGCUUUCAAUCAAUUCAGAACGUCAACAGGACAAACCUAUUCCUGGGAACACUACUCCUAACCCUUUCCAUUUGCAUACAGAGGAAAGAGGAGCAGAGAAAGAGAAGAAACUGGUUAGUGAGCUUUUGCAGAAACAGUGGGAGGAAGAAAGGGCUAGGAUUCCAAAAGCUUUGCCAUAUCCUUACACCACUGAUUACCCUGUGAUUCCACCCAAACCAGAGCCAAAACCUUGCACAAGACCAGAACCUUUUGAAUUAGAGAGUUUGGUGAGGCAUGAAGAAGAAAUACAGAGGGAGAUGGAAGAAAGGCAGCAAAGGGAGACUGAAGAAGCCCAAAUGAGAAUAUUUAAGGCCCAACCUAUAUUGAGAGAGGAUCCAAUUCCAGUCCCUGAAAAAGCACGUAAACCACUCACAGAGGUUCAGACAUUCAAUCUUCAUGUAGACCAUCGAGCUGUUGAUAGAGCUGAAUUCGAUAAAAAGGUCAAGGAGAAAGAAAUGAUGUACAAGAGAUAUAGAGAGGAAGCUGAAUCAGAAAGACUGAUGGAAGAAGAGAAGGCAUUAAAACAACUAAGAAGGACAUUGGUGCCUCAUGCCCGACCAGUUCCUAACUUCGAGCAUCCUUUCUUACCACAAAAGUCUUCUAAGCAAGUUACAAAACCAAAGUCCCCAAGACUAAAUAUACUGAAAAGAAAAGAAAAGAGAAGGAUGGUCUGCCCUGUGCCGGCAACAGCUUCCAGUUUGCCAACUCAGAUGAGAUGAUUUGGAUGUGUAAAUCUCGUUCAAGACCUCUUGAACUCCCUACCCUUUCUUCAGUUGCUGCCUUCAACAGCUAUGUAGGCUAUGUAAAACCAGUCCCAUCUGGCUUCUGACUACAUAUAUCACAAAAUUUUUUGAUUCAA